UCCCGCGAUAGUAGACUCUCCAAUUAAAAGUUCCCCCAUAAGGAGAUGCCCGUCCGUUCGGGCGGAAAAUGGCGACCAUGGUUUUGGAUCGUCCAGUUGUGUGUUUACUGGUCCUGGUAAUACUGUUGUUCCUUUUGGAGGGCGCCCUUGGAUUGAAAUGCCGCACCGAGGACGGUCCCAGCAGUGAAGAAGUGCGCAGAGUUAUCAAGCUUUGCAUGAAACGGAUAGCAACGGAAUCGAAAAACAGGAGCAGUGAUGAGUACGAGGACUACGAUUCUUCCUACGACGAUGAAGACGAUAAAAAGGGAGGGGCCAAUGGUAAAGGUGGUGUCUUCACACUAAAGAAUAUGACCUCGAAUGGAGGUCAGGGCCAGAACAGAGGACGGUCAGAUGGUAGAAGAGACGAUCGAAGGCGCACUGAUAGGACACGGGAUCGUGAUCGAACGCGUGGUCGAGACUAUCCAGAUUAUCGAGGAAGGAAUGAUUACGACUACGGCAUGCGGCGAAGAGGAGGAUACGGCAACGGCGACCCUUAUGGGCAACCCUCACGAUACAAGAGACAAUAUUACAAUGACGUCCCUCAGUACGGAUAUGGUGGUUACAACUAUCAACAAAACGUCCGAUAUAACCAAGAGCGAAACAACUUCAUGAAUAACACCAGCAGCAACACCAACAGUAAUAGCUCCAACAAUGCUACAGAUGCAGAAACGCAGCGGGAUCGAGCCUGCCUGAUGCAGUGCUUCUUCCAAGAAAUGAAAAUGACUAACAACGACGGGGUCCCCGAAAAACAGAAAGUUCUUCAAGUCGUUACCAAAGACCUUCGAAGUACAGACCUACGCGAAUUCUACACGGACUCGAUACAGGAAUGCUUCAACAUGAUCGGUUUAGACAACAAACUGAAAGAAAAAUGUGAGGUUUCGCUGAAAUUCGUCACCUGCCUGGCCGAUCGCGGCCAGGCCAACUGCGAUGACUGGGAGAACGAAACCAUCUUGUUUUAGACUUCAAAACAAUAUUUAUCCACUUUGCACUUGCAUAAGCAAUGUCUCUUGUUCUUUCACCGGCCUGCACUCAACCAGCAAAUAAAAGCAAAGACUUUUGAACCAAAAAA